AUGAACGAUACGGAGAAUAAGCAGUCAGAGGGCAACCAAAUCCAAUCAGGCGAUGACCACUCAGGCAUUAACAAUACCUCAAAGGAGCGAGAGAGCUCAACCUCUGCAGCUCCAACUCAGGUCCUAGAUAAGGAAGUUGAAGGGCAAACACUUCGCGAGGAGUUGGAUGCUACAGGAUUAGGAGAAGCGGGAAAAUAAAACAAUUU